AUGGAGGAACUCAAAGAACUCCGAGACCACGCAAAGAAUCCAAUCGUCAGCGUAGAGCUUGAUUUCAGAAACACUUCUACAAACCCUGAGCUUUUAAAAAGAUAUGUCAGGCCUCUGACAAAAUCAAGAUCUGUAGAAGAGCUUCAUGCAAAGAUCAAGGAAACAGUUUAUAAGCUUAAUGCUCUGGAUAUGUAUCGAAGCUGCGAUGCUAUUGUAUUGCCAGGGAAAACGAUUGAUGCAGCUUUGGUUCAGUUUGUGCUGAAAGAUAAGAGAUGGUGGAAUCUUAGCUUUGGAGCAAAUGCAGAUAGUGAGGGUGGAAAAAGCGUACUUUCAGCUCAUUUGAGAAAUCUAAGGGGGAAGGCAGAUUUAACGAAUAUUAAUCUGGAGUAUAAACUCAAUACAGGGACUUGGGGAUAUGAAGUCUUUCAUCAUGAUAAACUUUAUAUGCCAGGGAAGUGGGAAAUGAUGUAUUCAGUCAAAAAGUACAGCGAUGAGCUUGAUCAAAAUGUAAAAGAAAAUGCUUACGGAGGAAGCUUCGCUAUUAAGUCUGCAAAUGGAAAGCAUAAACUAGAAGCUGGAAGAUUUAUAAGGACUAAUGACGUUGCAGUCGAAUAUGCUUCAUUAAAGCUAUUAAAAGAAGAGUUGCCUGUUUCUGUGAAAAAUUAUAUAUCUCAUACUUACACUCGUGAUUUAAGAGAUGACACAUCCGAGCCCAGGACUGGAUCUCUCACAUCAAUCACCAAUGAAUUCGCACUAGGAGGAGACGUGAAUUUCCAUAAAGUAGAUUUGAAAUUUAACCACUAUUUCCCUAUUUUAUCAAAUGUUGUAUUUCAAUCUACAUUUGGCUUAGGAGCAUUUAUUCCUUGGAAGAAUACGACAACAAAGAUUAAUGAUAGAUAUAGGUCAAGAUAUAUUAAGGGAUUUCAAGCUAUAGGAACUCGUGAACAGCCAGCAGAUCCAACUAUGAGAGGAAAGUUUGCGGUUGAAGGGGAUGAUUUAGGGAAACUCUCUGUUCUCAAUUUGGAAACUAAGCUUCAUUUCUAUAAUACGCCAGUGAUAAGUGGUGUUGGGCUCGUUCCUUAUUUGUAUGCAAAUAUGAUAUGUGAAGAACCACAUAAAGUAACAAAUUUAAAGACGUAUUUUAGGGAAAAGGCUAGAGGGUCAGUUGGAAUUGGGCUUGGAUGGGUAGGAGCCUUUGGAAGAAUUGAGUUUUCUUAUGCAACUCAUGUAUGGAAAAAGCCAGGAGAUGUCUCAGCAGAGUUUCAGGUGUUGUUUGGGGAUUAA